GCCGGGCCGCCGGCGCUGCCGAGGCUGGAGCCGGACUGCCCCUCGGACGAGGUGUAUUGAAUUUUGCUGUCGCACAUCUGGAAAACAAAAUUGGUUCUACUCGACAUGGAAACUUCAGGCUAAGCUAUUCAUCUGUGCUUGGAAUAAAGCUGGACGCAUAAAGUUCUUGGUGUUCUUCUUACGAUUCGGAUCCCCUUGCCCCUUCCCCAGGGGCAAGAGAGUGUCUCAGAAGGGUGGAGCCUCUCACCCAUCUGGAAGGCCACCUGGUUUGGUUUACUGCCAGUCCCCGAAAGCUCAGCUGUAGAGUUUCUUCUGUUUCACAUUUUCCUUUGGGAGAUUGUUCUGCUAAGACAGACAAUGCCGUGAACAGCAGCAGUGGCGGUUUCUGCUCACCAGCCCUACAAACUGUGCACCAGGGAGUUCAUUAGACGGGGCAGAAGCGACCAGGCGACUUGCCAUGGCUGGGAGCGGAUACACAGACCUUCGAGAGAAGCUCAAAUCCAUGAUGCCCUACCGGGACAACUAUAAGAGCAGCAACACCCGGGACCCUGCAGAGUCCGCCUACGGAGCUGCUGAACGGAAACGCAAGUACCACGAGGAUUCCGACUCGGAGCCCAGCGACUACGAGGAGCACCAGCGGGAGGAGGAGGAGGCAGAGGCCCAGAAAGUUAAAAGCGGCAUCCGGCAGUUCCGCCUCUUCAGCCCCGAGGAGUGUGCCAAGAUCGAAGCGCGUAUUGACGAAGUGGUCUCCAGGGCCGAGAAGGGUCUUUAUAAAGAGCACACUGUGGAUCGAGCCCCUCUACGGAACAAAUACUUCUUUGGGGAGGGCUACACGUAUGGGUCUCAGUUGCAGAGACGCGGCCCCGGUCAGGAGCGCCUGUACCCCCGGGGGGAGGUGGACACUAUCCCCGAGUGGGUUCAUGACCUGGUUAUUCGCAAGUUGGUGGAGCACAGGGUGAUCCCAGAGGGCUUUGUGAACAGUGCCGUCAUCAAUGACUAUCAGCCGGGGGGCUGCAUAGUCUCCCACGUGGACCCCAUCCACAUCUUUGAAAGGCCGAUUGUGUCCGUGUCGUUCUUCAGUGACUCAGCACUUUGUUUUGGCUGCAAGUUCCAGUUCAAGCCAAUCAGGGUCUCCGAGCCGGUUUUUUUCCUGCCUGUAAGAAGAGGAAGUGUCACCGUGCUCAGUGGCUAUGCAGCCGACGAAAUUACACAUUGCAUUCGACCACAGGAUAUCAAGGAACGGAGAGCAGUCAUCAUUCUGAGGAAAACCAGACUCGACGCACCCCGGCUGGAGACCAGAUCCUUGAGCAGCUCAGUGCUGGUGUCCGGGUACGGCUCUGACCGCCUGUCAGGAAGCAACAGGGAUCCCCUCCUGAAGCCAAAGCGCUCUCAUCGUAAAGCAGACCCAGAUGCUGCUCACCGACCUCGCAUUUUAGAAAUGGAUAAGGAGGAGAACCGGCGCUCGGUGCUCUUGCCGAAGCACAGGAGGCGGAGCCAUUUCAGCUCCGAGAACUAUUGGCGGAAGUCUUACGAGUACACGGAGGACUUUGACGAGGAAGAGGAGGAUGGGAGCCCCGCCCGGAAAGUCAAAAUGAGGCGACACUGAGGGAGAUCCGGCUCCAUUGUCCCCCACCCGCCCAGGAUCAGAGCAAUGAAGACUGGCCUUCAGGCUGUGAAGUCGUAUCUUUGGUUUUCCUUCCACAUCCCAAACUCUGUGCCUCCCUUCGCUAUUUCUCAUCUAGCUUCAGCUUGGUAUUCUUCCUUCCCCCCCACUUCUAGGUUGAGGAAUAGCUGGAGCGAAUCGAGCUGUCUUUUCUUGCUCGUGCUAUGCCGAGGCAUCCUACUCAACAAGGAUGUGUUUGAUCCCCCCCGCCCUCUUUUUCCUGGACCGCACAUGCCUCACAAUGGAGGCAGACUUCUUUUUGGGGUGGGUUGGGGAAGAGGAAAAAAAGCUAUGCCAUUUUCUGAGGUGUUUGGGCUGGAGUGGGGUUUUUAAAGAUGCCAAAAAGUGACCUGGUUUGAUUUCUUCUUGCUGAAGGGCUGUGAAUGUCCUUCGCAUUCGGAUGCCGUUGCUUCUUAUUCUAGCUAUCCGGCAUUGGAUUCCGCGCCCGCGCCCCCGUUCACCCCUUUUUCACACCUGGCGAAAGGCCUCCCCAUAGGUAGCGCCAUCCCGCUCUGCACUACACCAAAGGGCUCCUAAUUUUGCGAAGCCGUGUGGAUUUUAUUUGGUCCCUCUUUUGCUGUCGUUCAAAAGCCACCGCCUCCCUCCAAGAACUGGUGGGGGGAAAAUGCAUAAAAGCUUUGCGAACACCUCAUCAGGGCACCGAAUGACAAAGCGUUUAGGACGUGUUUGCACUUUAGUGUCAGGGUUCCUUCCUUCCACCCCACCCCACCCCUUUCAUUGUGUGUGUGUGUGUGUGUGUGUGUUCUGUUAAAUGCCAUAUAACCCCUUCCACUCCUCUCCUCUCCUCCCUUUAUUUGCUUGGGCUAGCAAGCAUCUGUUUUUCUCUCGCGCUGCUAACGGAGGGGAUACCAUCUGUAUUCCCUUCCCAUGAAGGAUGCUGCAGGGGCUCCACAUUGGGGCUGCUGCCUGAGGGUUGGUUGAGGGGUUGGGGGGCACUGUCGGAGGAGCGAUGCCCUGGUUAGGAAAACCCUAGAGUCUGCCGGAUCUUUCACACUAACAGCAUUGGCAAGAGUGCACUGGGCGGGUUUCCGGCGCCAGAGAGCGGAAACUGCACCAGCACAGACCAAGUGCAGGCCUCUUUCUCAGAAGGCUCGCUCGGUGCAUUAGGCACCCCGACCUUGUGUCAAAGAUUGAUUGAACACACCCUUCCCCACUGCCCCAGUUUUAGAGAAUAAUGUUUAUAGCGGUACCGAUCGGCCUCCUAUCUCUGCAGACACCCAUUGUGUGCAGCCGCUCUCCACUCAUAAAGACCCAGGACAAGGGUAAGACUCGCCCUUGAAAUGCUGCCAAGCUUGGCCCAGAACUGGGGAGAGGAAGGAACCGUUGCUUUGCCUUCAGUCCUCUGAAGGCGGAUUGGGGCCUCGUUGAGUGAGCUUUGAGCUUGCUGAGUGGCUGUGCAGGAGCUGCCUUCUGUGAAAAAACAGGGAUGCUUAAGCUGCUCCAGACUGGAGUAGGUUUCAAGCAGAGCAGUUUGGCAGAUAGGAUGUAUGGAGGGGGGUCAGUCUGGCAAGCUGUACCCUGAUCACCCCCAAUUUUAUAGCAAAUGCCUCUCGUUUACAGCCUGCUGGUCUUCUUGCUUGGAUUUGCUAGCCUGCCCAGGCUUAACUAUUACCUUUUCCCUGCUGGAACAAGGUUCAGAAAGCAAGGCCUUGUGCCUAGCAGAGCCACCUCCCCACCCCCCCCGGGGCCCACAAUUUUUUUUGACCCUGUCAUGUCUUCUCAGGGGCUGCAACCUGUUCAUUUUGUUUUGCCUCCCUCUUUCCUAGCCCAAAGGAGUAGCCAAAGUACAGAAAUAAGAUCAGAACAUGAGUUUGAACGGCUUUUUAAAAAAAAUAUCCCUAUCAGCAUCUUUUCCCCUUAGUGCCCUGUGACAGAACUGUCGGUACCGGAGAAAGCCUACUCUUUAAGUAUCUCGAACUUCCAUUCCCCUCUUUUCAAAUCUGAAUGCUCCCCUCCACGGACAUGCAGUUCUCACGUGCCUUUUUGCAAUGGUCUUGCUAUACCUCACAAUAAACAGUGAAUUCUAAUGUGCUUUUUGACAUAUUAGAGUCCCCACCCCUAAAUAGGCUUGUCUAACUCUGCAGGCUAGCCCAGAGAGGGAAGAACAGAGGGAGGUGAGUUAUGAUAAAGUUGCAAAUAUGAGGCAGCAGAUGGAGAGAUGUUUACACAGAUCCUUGUCACCUCUUUCUGUCUUCCCAUCAAGGCAGCGCUUUUGAUUUCAGAAAGCAGUGCUUUCACAACAAAGAGAGGUGUGGGUUUUCUGUGAGCGCUGCUUUGAUUGCACAAGCUGUUCCCACAUAAUCAGGCUGAGAAGGAAGGCAAAUCGGGGGGAAUGUCUGAGGGAAGAUUUCCACGUUUUCCCUUCCUUCCUUCCUUCCUUCCUUCCUUCCUGUUCUGUGUAGGUGAGGAGGACUGAACAUCGUACAGAUUGCCGAGAUGUUCCCGAAUAGUCUGGUCUGAAAUUGUUAAGCCUAAACCCUUUCGAAUGAAUUUACCUGGCUGCACAGGAAGGGUUGUGUUCCUCAGGUUUUUGUUCCUGCAAAAGGUACAGGGCAGUCCGUGUGUAAAAAAAGCUAACCAAAAAGGGUAUUGCCAGUUAAGCAUUCCUAAGGAACACCUAGAACAAGAAUAAAAACAUCUGGAUUGCCCAACACUACUUGGGACGCAUCCUGCCAGUUUUAUGGGUCUCCCCCGCCCCCAGCUUUAUGCCCAAUCUUAGCCAGGACAAAAAUCAGCUAGCAGGGGUGAAGGUGUUUCAGUCCAGAUUCCUUUGGUAAGGAAGCGGAGGUUGCUCAGCUUGUGGACAGAAUCCGCACCCAUGGAGGCAGGAGUGUUCUGUCAGGGGCAGUCGCUUUUUAAAUCUUUGCAUUCCGCUCAGACGUUCACUGCCCGCUGAAAAGAGCAAACGGCUUUCUGAGCCUCUGGUAAUCUUGGCAGGAACAAUGACACCCUCAGAGAUCCCAUUUCCUUGCCCAGCUAUGGCAGCUGCUUAAAAUUUUGGAUCCGUCUGCCCAUAAGAUCUGCAGAGGUAAGAGCGUUAGCCGGCGGUGUCCCCGAAAGGUUGAUUCUCUUGCAAUGUUAUGCAAAAA